AUGAGGACGUCCAUCUCUUUCGCGAUUGUAUCGCUCGCCGCCCGGCACGUCGCUGCCGACGAGCACCCGCGCCUGCAGUGGGACCCGGCGACCGCCAAAGACUGCGUCGAUUGGUACGACAACACCGACUCAAGCAGAUCUUGCAAAGAAGUCCGUGAUCUUUUUAGUAUCACCCCGGAGCAGUUCCACGAGUGGAACCCGUCGGUCGGUCUCGACUGCACGCCCUGGCAUGACUGGCAGUCAUACUGCAUUGUCACCCUGCACCGGCUGGAGACCGACCCGCCACCGCUGCCAACAACGUCAACAGCAAAAGUGGCCAUUAUACCCACCACCACCACCAGCACUCUCGGCCCCUCUCCUACCGCCUGGGAAGACAGAGGCUGCUACGUGGAGGACCCCACGUUACCGCUCCUCGAUCAGAACAUGAGCGGAACCGACGGCGACGUAUCCUUGACCAUCGGGCAAUGUAAGGACAGCUGCUACCUUGCGGCGUACUUUUUUGCCGGAGUGCAGGAGGGCAACCAGUGCUGGUGCGGGACCUACGUAGGCAGCGAAUGGGCGCGGAACCAGUCCGACUGCAACAUCCCGUGCACGGGCGACAAGACCACGUUUUGUGGUGGCAAAGGGGUCCUCAACAUCUUCGAGGCGCUGGAAAACCAGGGGGUUUCAUCCAUGUCUAUCACCCGUUCCAGCGCUCCCACCGUCGCCGGGACCGGCAUCGCCACCAGCAGCACGGCCAGCUCCGGGGCCAGGAGGAACAUUGCUAUGUUUUGGUGA